UUGAAUAAAGAGUGUAAUAGAAAACACCCCUAAAACAAAACACAAAGACAAUAGAAAUGGAAGAUUCUUGGUCUAAUCAACAAACUAUGCACUCUACUCCAUGGUUCAAUCACCUACGCAAACUCGGCUCACUUAUCAAAUGCCCCAUCUGUUUGGAGUUGCUUAAAGGGCCUGUUUUGCUCCCCUGUGAUCAUUUCAUCUGCAAUUCAUGCAUUCAAAAUCAGGCCAAGAAUGGUUCCAAGUGCCAUGUUUGCAAUGAACAAUAUGCUGAUCGAGAGAUACGAUCUGCACCUUAUAUGGAAAAUGUGAUAGCAGUUUAUAAAAGCUUGUGUUCGGUUCCCCUAGCUGAGUUAUUUCACCCCCCUGCUUCUGGGGAUAAUUCAAUCAGUGGACGACCUCUUUGUUUCCCAAAUGGUUGUCAAACAAAAACAAGUAUUGGCCAAAAAGGAUAUCCGUGUAUAGAAGAGGAGAUUGCACUUGAAUCAAUAAACAUGACCAAAUUGAAAUCAGAUUUGUCACCGAGGACUUGUUCAUUUAGCGAGAUCAAUAAGGACUCCAAGAAACGAAAGAAAUCGAAUUUGUCAGAACCAGAUGAGUGUGGCUUUUGUCAUUCUUCUAAAGUUACUGAUGAAACUGGGCCAAUUCUACAUAUUGCCAAUCAGGAGUUAUUACAUGGAGAUUUGGCGUCUUUCUCCAAGGUUAUUAGCAUUCACAAGGUUUGCAUUGAUUGGACACCGAUGGUGUAUUUCGAGGGUGAAAAGAUAAAGAAUUUAGAUAUAGAACUGGCUAGGGCAGCUAAGCUAAAAUGUAGUGGAUGUGGGGAAAAGGGGGCUGCACUUGGCUGCUAUGUGAAGUCUUGUCGGAAGACGUAUCACGUACCUUGUGCAUUAAAGAUACCAAAUUGCAAAUGGGAUUCUGACAACUUUUUAAUGCUGUGCCCAUCUCACAAGUCCAACAAAUUUCCAAGGAAAAUUUUACAGCGUGAAAAGUAUGACAGAGUAGAAGCUGGUCCUCUGGCAUCCCGACUGAGUUCCGGGGAGUCAAAUUUCUGGUCGGCAUCACCUCAUGGAGCAAAAACUUGGGUAUUCUGUGGAUCUGCUUUGUCUUCCAUGGAUCUGUGCUAUCUGGUGAAGUUCGCUAGACGUUGUGAUGCAACUGUGGCAAGGUCUUGGAGACCAGAUAUAACCCAUGUAAUUACUGCGACAGAUGCAAACGGUGCCUGUACGAGGACAAUGAAAGUCCUCAUGGCAAUUUUGCACGGACGAUGGAUUAUCUCAAUGGACUGGAUAAAAUCUUGCUCAGAAGCAAACAGGCCUGUGGAUGAAAAGCAUUACGAAGUUACCCUAGAUAAUCAUGGCUCUCGCAACGGCCCCAGGACCGGAAGACAGCUAGCUUUAGAUAAUGGGCCAAAGCUAUUUGGUAGCCACAUAUUCUACUUCAGUGGAAAUUUUGACUCGGCUCUCAUGGAUAAUCUCAAAACUUUGGUUCACUCUGCUGGUGGUUUCGUUAUUGAGAACAAGGAGCACCUUGUCUCACAAAGUUGUGUUGCCAAGGGAACUUCAAGAACUUUAAUUGUUUAUAAUGCCGAUGACUUUAAUCAAUGGGCUUCAGGAGAUAAAGAAUCCCAUAUGUUGGAAAUACCAGAGGCAGCAGAAGAUUUGGCUCUAAGGAUUGGUUCUAGGGUUGUUCAGCACACAUGGAUUUUGGAGUCAAUUGCAGCAUGUAAGUUGCAGCCUUUGUCCUGCUAUUGAUGAUUUUAUCGACAAAGAUGUUCUGGCGCUACCAUGGUAAAAAUCAUGUGUACCUGUGAAUUGUGCAUAGUUUAUCCAAUUGUGGUAUCAUACUGUCAGUAGAUGUUGAAAGAUAUUAUGUCUUGCCAUAUGCAGAUUUCUAAGGUUAUAGUGAAUACACAUAAACUCUUAGCUCAAACAAAUAUUGUGAAUCUGUGGUAUAUUACCUAAAUAGUUAGCUAUGAAUAGUUUAGUUUCCAUUUUAAGGUUUUGUACUAGAAUGUCUAAUUUGUGUACAGAUCAAGGAAUAUUGUAGCAUGAUGUAAUACUUCUGAUCUUUAUAGAUCAUAAUAUAAGGAGUUGCUGCAUAAUCUUAU